AUGCACACUCGCAAAGACCGACAAUCGUCUCCUUAUCGAGGAGGCAACGACAGGGAUGUGGGCAGGGAUAAAGUGCAAAGGCACCAGGUCCUUGCCGGCCACGUAUUCUUCCUCCCGCGAAAAAGGCAGAUUGAGCGUGCGAGGUUGCGGAAUUCCUCCAUCGCGGACGGGUGCUUCUAUCACCCUGUCCUGAUAAUCCGUGUCGAUGACCACACCGAUGAGAUCAAAAUGCUGACGAUCACGUCGUUCGACGGCAAGGGACUUGAAUCCCGGCACUUCAAAGACGCCAGCCGGCGCCGAAGAUACCUUCCCAUCUACCCCAGCCCAGCCCAUCCGGAGAGUCAUAACAUCACCCUCUACCUGGCUGGGAACGCCGAGCUGCCCAAGUUGUCGUGGGUCAACACGCAUAACGAAAUUGUGGCCGACUGGCGGGUUCUCAAGCCCUUCAAGCCCUCCAAUGUCCAAGGGAAGCGGCUAUAUCUCACGGCGGCGUCAUACGAGAACCUACUCCAACACAUCGUCGAUCCCAACUCGCCGCCAAAGCCGUUCGGGCUCACGAAUAAGCCGCAGAAUCUCCUCCUCCUCAUGCCCCAUUCCUUGCCUGCGCGGUUUCAAGCCCUACCAAACCACGUGGAAGUUGCAAGUCGCUCGGGAAUCACGAAUUAUCCCCGUCAAGUCCAGUCGACACUUUCAAGAAAUAGAUAUACACCACAGCCUUCACCCCUACCUACUCACGAUCGUCUGCCGCCUCCUCAGCUACAGCCUCAAAGCAGCUUCACAUCGUCCACUCCUCCGCUGCCAGGCCCAUUAACCAAGCCUGUCAAGACACAGCAAGAUCGCAGCCUAUUAUCCUCAGCGGGAUACUACUAUUACCACCACCAGCAGUUCCAGUAUCGACAUCAACACCAGCGUGAACGACAGCCAUUGCUCCAGACAACGUUGACGCCACAUUCCACAACGCGAACGCAGGCAUCAGGUGAUUAUCCCUGCGCUCUCUCUAUCAUCGUGAUCCCGGCAUUGUUCGUUCUGGCGUACGUGAUUUAUCGCCUUGUAAAGAUAAUCCCAGGUCCGGAUAGUUGGUGA